CGCCAGUGUUCAGCCGAGUUGUAUCUUGCAUCCGUUUACUGGAGUCUCAACUCGAGAGUGAACAGCCCUUUGAGAACUCUUGCUCACCAGUGUCGAAGCAACUAAUAUCAAAAAUUAAUAACAUAAAUCCACCUUCAUAUAGUACGGGUGAAAAUAAACCAUUCAGUGAUUUUAAACUGCAGUAAAAUGGCAGCGAAGAUUGAUGCUGAAACGGGAGAAACCAGAACAUAUAGAGAAUUAGCCGAUGAAAGCGUUCGCUGUGCAAUAUGGCUUCAAAAAGAAGGAAUAGGCCCAGGUGACAUCAUCGCUCUGUGCACCCACAAUAGCCUUGCAGCAUGGGUUCCUUAUUUUGCAACUUUUUACAUCGGAGCGAAUCUUACUCCGUGGUUUCACGAUUGGUCACCUGAUACGACAAGAUACAUUGUAAAUUUAACAAAACCAAAGGUUAUUUUCGCCAACGAGGAUGCUGGUAAAAUGCUCAGAGAAAUACUUAGAGAGGAGAAUGUUGAAUCGAAAAUCAUAGUUUUUGGUAAUGUUCCUGGAUUGGAAUCUUUCGACGAUAUUAUUAAAAAACAGAGUGCAGACCAAGUGGACAAUUUUCAGUGUCACCCAGUAAAUCCAGAAGAUGAUGCCUUAAUGUUAUUUUCGUCAGGAAGCACUUGUUUUCCCAAAGGUGUUCAACACUCGUAUCGAGGAUUACAUUACAAUACGUAUCGAUUUAGUAACUUAUUUAAAAAACCAGACAAUAUGGUUGUGAUGUAUACUUCACCACUGUGCUGGAUAGGCGGAUCUUUAUUUACAGUAUGGAGUAUAUUUUCUAUACAUCAAGUCAUUAUCGUGAACAAUUUAACAACGGAAAACCUUUGCAGAAAUGUCGAAAAGUUCAAGGUGCAGUUUGUAUUUUCAGUGACAGAAUUGACAAAAAAGCUCUUCAAUUCAUACAAAUUAAUGACAAAAUUUGAUUUAUCUUCUAUAAAGUACCUUAUAGUUGGCGGCACAAAACUGCGAUCAGAAGUCACAAAAAGAAUUAAAAGUGUAUUGAAGAAUGCUGGCAGUGAUGGUGAAAUAUUUCAAUCAUACGGACUCACAGAAUCAGGUGGAGUUAUUGCUAUACAACGAAGAGGUCACAAUAAAUAUGAGUCUUGCGGAAUCUUAUCCUUUGAUAUACAAUUGAAAAUAAUAAAUAUCAAUACUAAAGAUAUACUAGGAGCCAAUCAGGUGGGUGAGAUUGUUAUCAAACAGACGCAUAUGAUGAAGUUUUAUUUCAAAAAUCCAAAGGCCACCAAAGAAGUAAUUGAUGAUGAAGGUUGGCUUCACACGGGAGAUUUGGGCUAUUAUGACUUGGAGGGCAACAUCUACAUUCUGGACCGAUUAAAGGAGGUGAUAAAAUACAGAAGGCAUCAAAUUUUUCCAAUAGAAAUAGAAAGUCUCCUUAUCAAACAUCCCCAAGUAUUGGAUGCUGUUGUUGUUCCCGUACCUCACUCAGUGGACGAUGAACAUCCAAUGGCUUUCGUUGUAAAGGCUAAAAAUUCAGAUGUAUCUAAAGAGGAACUCGAGAAGUUGACGGCAGUUCUUGGUGACACUAAGCAACUCCGAGGUGGAAUAGUAUUCAUAGAAAAAUUACCACAAACACCGAACAGAAAAAUUAAUAAAAUGAAACUAAAAGAAAUGGCUAAGGCUUAUCAUGACUCUAGUUCACCACAAUCGUCAUUUGUUUAGAAAAAACUGAUUUUAAGCAAAUCCAAAUAAAGCAAUUUUAGACAA